AUUAAGUCUUACUUUGUUUUUGAUGCAAUUCCAAACGUAUACCGUUGUGUGCUAUAGGGUUCGUGUCUUAUUUAACCCAUAACAAACCAUUGUGACACACUUAAAAUGUGUGCUUGAAAGCUUUGUGCUGGACUUGAACUCAAUAGAAAACAUUUUGGAGUGGUUGUCAUGUGACUUUUUCCCAAUAUGGCUUCCUCGUGAUGGCAGCGUGUCAUGACCUAGCUAGCUAGCUUUUAGCUAGCGCGGACAUUUACAAAUGCGCAAUCGUAAUGCUAUAAUAGGGUGUCAAAUAUUACGAUUUCAACUCUUCUUAUUAUAUUUGUUCAAUGAAUGCGUAGAAAACAAGCUAGGAAAGUAUCGCUAUUGGUCCAAACUCCUUCAAGAAGACGGAAGUGAUGUAUUUGUCACAAUAGCAGAAAUGCUAAUAAGACACUCAAUAAAUGUCACGCUCUCAAUCAUUUUCAAUCAAUAUAUGUUCAGUGCUUCCAUUUAUAGUACUUUUGUGCUACCCAUAAAAGUAUCAAGUUAACUUUUCAAAUAAGGGAUACACAUUAUCGCAUAUCUUUCACAUUAAUUUGUAGUAAUAUUUUUUUAAAAUCUUCACAAAUAUCUUCUAUCUUCAAGUCAGAGAUGAUAGGAUCAACAUUUCGACAUUGCAAAAUAAAAACAGUUUAUUACAUGUUGAUUUUUAAAAAUGUGCGUUAUAGGUGACAAAGCUCGUUAUGGUCAUGAAAUAUGAAUGUUUUGUCCCAGCGCUGGCAGAAAAGGCUCAGCAUGAACCCGCUACGAUAUUUUGUUCUUGACCCCGACGUUGGCCAGCUCGACUAUUAUCGGAAUGAACACAGCAAAAGCCAUCAACUUCCUAGAGGGUCCAUGCCUCUACUGGGAGUGUUGGUUGUCUCCUGCAAAGACUUUCCUCACAUGUUCGCUCUUCAGUCAUCAACUGGCCAGUCCUAUAAACUCAGAGCUUCCAGCGCAGAUGAACAGGAGCUAUGGAUGACUCAGCUCCAGCUGUGUUCUCGCUGCCGCUCUGACAAUGGUGCUAAGGUGAUGAGCGAGGCACAAGGGGAACCCAAGAGCCUGGUCCACUCGAAUGAAUCUCUGCCCCCAAGAGGUGGACCGCUCUGCUCUCUGAAUGAGGAGAUUCUCCUUUUUAAAGCCACUUCUGCAGCCACUUUGAGCUGCUUGGGAGAGUGCUUCACUUUGCUACACCACAAUGUUGUCCGCUCCCACAACCAGAACCAGAACCACCGUUCAAUGGCUUUGACGGAAACAGCCUCGGAAGACAGACUCAAGUCCUGGAGUCAGCGCUGCAGCUCCAGUGUGAAUGAGGUGGAACCUGGCAGCCUCAAGUCCAGCAGUCAAAGCCCGACUCACUCGGUUAGCGAGAACCAAAGUCCCAAACACUGCAGCUAUGCUGGAAAAGAAGAGGAGGACCGCAACUACAUCCAGAGUCAUGCAGACAGUUCAGUUGGAUGGUUGAGAUCUCCAAAGAAGCAGACGACCUAUGAUGCAUCUCAGCCUCUCACGUACAACCAAGCUGAGCAGCGACAGCAGCAGACCAACAGUCCGGACAGCCUGGAUCUCAGCGACGAGACCACAGACACAGAAGGAGACGCAGACGAUGAUGAGGAGGACCUGGGUGUUCUUGAUGAGCAACGAAGCAUCAUCCGCCAUCUCCUGUCCCAACUCAAACUUGGCAUGGACCUCACAAAGGUGGUGCUCCCCACGUUCAUACUGGAGAAGCGCUCCCUACUAGAAAUGUAUGCCAACUUCAUGGCUCACCCCGACAUGUUCCUCUCAAUCACCGCUGCUUGUACGCCAGAGGAGCGCAUCGUCCGCUUUGUUGAGUACUAUCUUACUGCCUUCCACGAAGGCCGCAAGGGGGCUGUGGCCAAAAAGCCCUACAACCCCGUCCUGGGCGAGACCUUCCACUGCGCUUGGCAUGUGCCUCAGGACCGCGUUCGCUCUCUCAGAGCAGCCAGCCGUACGGGUCCCAGCUCGGCAACCACACGCACGUCGACGACGUCAAACUCCUCACAGAGGGUUCCGGGCGGAUGCGGUGGAAAAGACUCUGACUUUUAUCAGGUUCGGUUUGUGGCUGAGCAGGUGUCCCACCACCCACCUGUGUCAGGCUUUUACUGUGAGUGCAGGGAGAAGAGGAUGUGUGUUAAUACUUACGUCUGGACCAAGAGCAAGUUCAUGGGCAUGUCUGUUGGAGUUUCAAUGGUUGGACAAGGUGUUCUGCAUCUGUCAGAGCAUGAUGAAGACUACGUGUUCACACUGCCUUGUGCCUAUGCUCGAUCUAUUCUGGCUGUGCCCUGGGUGGAGCUGGGGGGAAAGGUCACAAUCAGUUGUGCUAAAACAGGGUACUCAGCCACUGUCAUCUUUCACACCAAACCUUUCUAUGGAGGGAAAGUACACAGAGUAACAGCUGAAGUAAAGCACAAUCAGACAGGAAACAUCGUGUGCAAAGCCCAGGGUGAGUGGAACGGGGUCCUGGAGUUUACCUAUGGAAAUGGAGAAAGUAAGACGAUUGAUACCUCCAAGCUCCCGGUCAUCAAAAAGAAGAUCAGACCAGUAGAGAAGCAGGAACAGAAUGAGUCACGGCGCCUUUGGCAGCACGUGACGGCAUCUCUGAGGGCAGGAAACAUGGAUGAAGCCACGGAGCACAAACACCGCCUUGAGGAGAGACAGCGGAGCACAAGCAAACAGAGAGCUGCCAGCAAAACACCUUGGAAGCCCAAAUAUUUCAUCAAGGAGGGUGAAGGUUGGGUGUACCACAACCCGCUGUGGAACCUUGAAAGCAGAUCUCCUCCAUCCCUGAGAACGAGCGGAGUCAUCAAAGCGGGCGAAUAAAACAACAAAGAAGAGAAUCAAACUUCCAAUCAGCUCAUUUAGUUGGGAGAUGGUGAUCAAUAUUUCACUGCAAAAACAGUCAAAUGUUUUGUUUUGUUUUUUCUGACCACACAGUCUUUUUGUUGCCUGGACGGCGGGCUGACAACAACGCUGUAUGAUGACUGUACAAUAACGGAAACAGCACUCCAUGUGGGAGCACUCCUUUAGCAUCUACUGAACAGGCGACUACAGACCAGUCCAGGGGUGGGGAACCCUUUUCAAUGGGUUCUAAAGCUUUCUUUAGGUGGCAGGGCAUUUUCAUUUUGGGGUGUAUACAGUGUUCCCUCGUUUAUCGUGGUGGAUAGGUUCCCAAAAUAGCCUGCAAUAAGUGAAAUCCGCCAAGUAGACAACUUUAUUUGUUUCCAAAGAUUAUAUAUGUUUUAAAGCUGUAAAAGCCCCCACUUUAUUCACUUUAUACACUUUUAGACAGGCAUUAACAUUUGCUCACAUUUCUCUCUUGUUUAAACACUCUCAAAUUUCUAAUUUAGUUUGAAUUUUAAUGAUCAACCAACGAGGUUGACUCAGGCAUAUUACAUUCCUCUGACCGUGCCUCUUCGCCGCUCCGCUGUACUGUAGAGUUUAUGUAUCCUUGUUAAAACAACACAAGAUUCACUUAUUCUGUAAUGGCACCUUACAGCCGCAACGUCUACCUUCCAUAAAAAAAACAAUCACUAAAAUUGUAAUAAAAAAGUCAGCGAAACAGCGAGUCUGUGGAAGGUCAACCACGAUGGAGCGAGGGAACACUAUCGCUUUUGUUGCCAGCGGUUUAGACGUGAACAGCCUGUGUUGAGUUCUUUUUUGAGGGAACAGCAACUUUCUAUCCAAGCUGUGCACUGACUACUUCACCUUGUGUCAAAGUGUCACACUUCCAUUGUCCCACGAAAAGAUCUAAUAAAAUAUUUGCAGAAAUAA